GUUAUCAGUCUAUUUGUUUGUACAAAUUGAGGUGUGAGGAGUGUGAGUGAGCUUGGCUUUGAGGAUGGUUCAUAGAAAUCAACUUUUCACUGUUUUCAAGAUAUUCUAUAUUUUUGUUUUGAUCUCAUUGACUGCCACGUACGUCAGAUGUCGAACUCGAAUUAAUAGUUCGAACAAAUCUCCUCAGCAGCAGCAGCAAGUGCUGAAUAGCUGUGUGGUGCCGAAAUUCAACGGCACUGAGUACUACCUAGCUGGAUGCGUCGGUGAGACAUGUUCGCUUGAAGCAGGUCACAGAAUACCUGGAAACGGAUCAGUUCUCCGCCUCAAAUGUGCUGAAUCAUUCAUUUUACGUCAAAAACAGGUCGACAUUACUGUCUGCUAUGAUGGUCACUGGUUUCCAAAAAGGCAUUCUUGUCAGAGAACAUGUAAGGCCAUAGAUCUGAAUACACUGGAUGUGGCGUGCACGUACAAAGGACAGGCAGUGAGCUGUCUUGAUGACGUCAGAGUAGGCACUCAGGCAGCCAUCGCCUGCAAGCAGGGAUUCAUCACUGACCGAAACUAUGAGAUGCCCAAUCACUGUCUCAAAACUGGCAAAUGGAAAUACGUCAUGUAUAAAUGUGCUCCAAUUUGUGGAGAAAUGGAGGGCGAUAAGAUUAAGCAGGAAGGAUUGAGGAAUGGAAUUGAUACAAUUGACGCCAGACAGGCACCUUGGAAUGCAGCCGUCUAUUUGGCUGAAAAUUCAACUUUCCGUAUGAUAUGUGGAGGGACUUUGUUAUCCGAAGAGUUUAUUAUCACAGCUGCCAAGUGCGUUAAAAACGAAUCGGGAUUUGUGAGAGACUUGUCUGCUUUUGGCGUGGCUGUGGGAAAAACCUACAAGAAUUGGGACGACUCAAGAGAUUCUUCGGUUGCUCAAAAGUUUCAAGUGACAGAAAUACUAGACGAGGCAUUUUUCAGACAAUUUUUUAAAGAAGAUUCGGAAAUUAUAGAUUUUGCAAGACAUAUAGUUGUACUGAGAGUGAAGGGUGUGAUUAAUUUCGGUUCUCUUGUCUCACCCGUAUGUCUGGAUGUGGAAAGAUUGAACGAGCGUGUACCAAAUUUGGUUGGCACAGUUAUCGGCUGGAGUGUAAAAGAUGAUAACUCAAUGAGACUCACACGAUUUCGAAGGCCUGUUGAAAAUAACUUUGCUUGUAGGCAGAGACUAAAACCGAAUGAAACUAUAGACAAUCCUUCAAAAUUCUGCACAGAACGCAUACAUCAACUGGGAAACUUUCUUGGAGCCGGAUUAACAUUCUGGGAAAAUGAAACACGUAAGAAUUACGUGAUUGGCAUACUGACCGAUCAUUUCGAUGAUGUCACCGUUUAUUUGGGCUACAGAGAUGAGUCGUCAGCUUUUAUCAUCGACCUGAUGCGAAUCUAUUUUGCUAGAGCAACCGAUGUCAAAUCAGUACAAUAAAAUUGAAAAAUCAAAUGAAAAUAUUUUAGAUGAAUCUCUGAAAAUUCCAAAAAAAUAUAUAUUAUAAGAUGGUGACUAUAGUGUUAUUUUUUUCAACUGGCAGCAUUUUUAUAGUGUGCCAUUAAUGCUUCAUAUUCAUCCAAUGCUGACAGUUUGAGUUGAAUCUCACUAUAAAAAUACAGAUAUUUUAAGUUCUUAUGUAGUCAUAUACCGUAAUUGUUCAUGAUUCUAAUCUAUUGCAUUUAUAAAUUAUAAUAUUAACCAGUAAUCACUGCUUCAUUGUCUAACAUACAUUUAAUAAUUAUCUAAUAUAGAGUUAUAAGUAAGGAAUCCAAUUUCUAUUGUCUAUUUCAUUCUUAUGUAUACACAAUUUCUAGUACAAAUCAUUUUGAAGGAAAAUUGUAAUUAGAAUUGGACAAGUGAAAACAUUUAUUUUUUUGGUCUGUAACUCAAUUAAUUCAAAUUUUGGUAAGGAAUAGUGAUUGGAUCGCUUGGUUUUCUAGUCACAAUUAUAUUAAUUCAUUUAGUGAGUUUAAUCAAAAGUGCUGUACCAUAGAUAAACAAAAUAAUGUCACAAAAAUUUCCAUAUUAUCAUUCCUGAUUUCACGCUUUUAAUUAACAAGAAAAUUUGUUGGGAAUACAUAAUGAAAAAUUAAAAUGAUCAUUACUAA